AUGUCGGAAGGCGCGAGCGAUGCUGGCCCGUCGCGGGGGCAGGGGCCGCCGGAGAAUGAGGCUCCGCCGGACGAGUUCCCGGAGAUGGACGACGAGGGCAUCUUCGGUGCCGACGGCGCGAUGGACCCGGAGCACCCGCUGCUGGCGCGCGCCCAGGCCGCGCUCAAGUCCCAGCUGAAGGAAGCUGAGCAGCGCCUCAAAGAGGAGCUGCGAGAGAAGUCCGAAGCGCUCCGGAGGGCGAGGAAGGAGCGCGAGGAGAUCGGCGUGGAGCUCUACGGCGCUCAGCAGCACCUUGCCGGCCUCCAGGUGAGCCUCGAGCAGGCGCACGAGAAGUUCGAGGGCAUCGCGGACCAGCGCCAGCAGACCGAGCAGGACGUCGUCCGGCUCCGCGAGGCCGCGGAGGUCGCGAGCAAGCGCACCGCGGCCGAGAGGCGGCGCGUCGACGCGUUCCAGGGCGAGUUGGACAAGUUGGCGGAGACGUUGAAGCAGAUUGAGAUGUACAACGAGCAGGUCCGCGGGGAGAUCGCGGUGACGAAGCGCGCGGCGCACGCGGCGGAGGAGGCGGUGCAGAAGCUGGAGAAGGAGAAGCUGGAGCAGGACCUGCGGAUCGACCGGAUGCAGGAGCAGCUGAAGACCAAGCACCAGGAGCUGGCGGUGGUGCGGCUGCAGCUGGACGCGCAGCGGAAGGAGACGGCGGCGGCGAAGCAGACGCUGGCGGAGGCGGAGCUGGAGAUGGAGGGGAUCCACUUCGAGAAGAAGCAGCUGUCGCAGCAGUGGCGGUCGGCGCUGGUGAUGAUCUCGCGGCGCGUGGAGGCGCUGCGGGCGACGGAGAGCGCGAUCAAGCAGCAGGACGAGGAGCACGCCGCGAUGGUGGUGGAGGUCGACGGCACGCGCCGCGACGUGCUGCGCGAGGAGCAGCGCAACGAGCAGCUCACGGCGGUGCUGAAGAAGGUGCAGGGCGAGGCCACGUUCCUGCAGCGGCAGAUCGCGGCGCUGGUGGCGCGCCAGGACGAGGUGCGCGCCAAGCAGCAGCGCGCGGAGCAGGCGCUGGACGUGACGGAGGGCGAGCUGGAGGGGGCGCGGAAGGCGGGGCGGCAGCUGGCGUCGGAGUCGGAGCGGCUGGACCGCGAGUACGUCAAGGUGUCCAACAGCAUCCAGGAGCUGGCGACGGAGAUGCUGACGCGGCUGAGCGACCAGGUGACGCUGGAGAAGAGCGCGAGCAAGGCGGUGACGGAGACGCGGGAGACGCGGGCGCGCGUGCAGGCCGAGGAGCUGGCGGCGAUCAACCUGCAGAACGAGCUGGCCAAGGUGGAGGUGGACAUUCUCAACACCACGGGGCACAACGAGCAGCUCGAGGAGGCGCUGCGGCUGCUGGACCGCGAGAUGCACGAGCGGAGCCGCGCGAUCGAGAAGUACGAGCAGGACCUGCGGUCCCGGAACGACGCGAUCGAGAAGAAGACCAAGUACGUUGACCACCUGAACAAGAUGUACGACCGGCUGACGGCGGGGCGCGAGGAGGAGAGCAUGGGCCCGCUGGAGAGCACGAUCAGCAACCUGCGGAAGGAGAUAUUGCAGAAGGGCGUGGAGGGGAAGGAGCUGCAGCGGCGGUGGAUCAACUUCCAGACGGAGCUGGUGGGCGUGGUGAACGACAACAACGCGAUGGAGGAGGCGAUCCAGCGGCGGAAGGCGGAGAUCACGGUGAUCAUGCAGAAGCGGCGGCGGCUGGAGCAGCAGUACGAGCACACGGUGAAGGACAUCAAGGGGCUGGACCAGGCCGUGGCGCGCAUGCAGGGGGAGAUGCAGCGGCUGAACGGGCUCAUCGCGAAGAACGCGGGGCUGCAGCAGGAGCUCGAGUCGGACAACUUCAACCUGCAGAACAAGGUGCUCGGGGAGCUGCGGUCCAUGGAGGAGGAGGCGGCGCGCCUGGAGAGCAAGAUCUCGGGCAAGCACGAGGAGAAGCGCGCGGUGAUGGCGGACAUCGUGGAGACGGAGCGCCAGAUCAUGCUCUGGGAGCGCAAGAUCCAGCUCGAGAAGGAGAUGCAGGAGGCGAUCGACCCGGAGGUGGGCCGCGAGGUGGUGGAGGCCAUGCGCAAGGAGAUCCACCGCAUGAAGCUGCGGUUCACGGAGCUGCUGCGGCUCCAGGAGCGCCUCAUCACGGAGAUGGAGCGCGGCAUCUCGAAGCGCGGCGUCAUCGGCGACAAGGGCCGGUCGUUCCAGGCCAAGAAGGGGUCGUUCGACGCGACCGCGGCGGGCGCGAAGAAGCGCGCCGCGGAGCUGAAGCGGUCGAUCCGCGCGACGGAGCAGGAGGCCGGAGCGUCGGAGUCGCGGAUCCGGGAGCUCGAGGAGGCGCGCGGGAAGGCGGCGGAGGAGUCGGAGCGCGUGGCGGCGCGGUGCCAUGCGCUGCGGCAGGAGGAGCAGGACCUGCGGGCGGAGCUGGGGGCGGCGGCGUCGCGGAAGGUGUCGACGGUGGUGAGCACGGCGAAGCUGCAGCGGCUGGCGCGCCGGUUCGAGGAGCUGGCGGCGGGGCGGCACCGGCCAGUGGUGGAGGGCAUGGACCGGGCCAGGCUCGCGGAGGAGGCGUCCAAGGCGGAGGACCGGCGGUCGCGGCUGGUGCAGGCGAUGAACGCGAUCAAGACGACGAACCCGGGGCUCGCGCCGGCGAUGGAGCGGCUGACCGCGCAGAUACUGGCCUAG